AAGGCGCAGUGGAGCCAGUGUCUGCAUAGCGUUCCUCUGUUGCGGUGCUGAAAGGCAAGCAGGGGAGGGUGGGGGCGCUCCCAGUCCUCCCUCCCUCUCCUCCCACCCUCCCUUCCUUCUCACCAUUAAACACAGCACAGCAGCAAAACAGGAGCAGUGUUCCGACCAUCCCCGGGGCCGUGAAACACAGCCGGCUGGCAGCGAGAUCGUGCUCGGCGGAGAGACGAGAGACAAUGAGCCGGAGUCACGGCUUACAAUGGGGGCCAGAGCUUCCUGAACGCACGGGCUCAUCCCUGAGCUUCAACUUGGAGAUCUGAAACCAAAAAAAGUUUUCAUUUCACCCCCCAACCCCUUAAAUAGGGUGCAGCGGACAGGGGCUAGACUCGGUCCAGACGGGCCGAUCAGCAGUGAUAUGGCUGGGGCGGGAGGAAAGCAGGUUGUCUUGUGUGUUCUCCUGAGUUGUUUGGAGGGAGCGAGCGGGCAGAUUCGUUACUCUAUUCCCGAGGAGUUGAAACACGGGGCUUUUGUUGGGAAUAUCGCGGACGACCUGGGAUUGAAUGUGGGCGAGCUGUCCGCGCGGAGGUUCCGGAUCGUGUCCGGGGCCUCGAAACGGUACCUGGAAGUGAAUUUGGAGAACGGGGUGCUGUUCGUUAACGAGAAAGUGGACAGGGAGCAACUGUGCGGACUGAGGGCUUCGUGUUUCCUGAACCUGGAGAUUGUGAUUGAGAAUCCCCUGGAGCUGUACCAGGCGGAGAUUGAGAUCCUGGAUGUGAACGAUAACGCUCCGAGUUUCCCCAACGCGCAGCUCCGGUUGGAAAUCACCGAAUCGGCGGCUCCAGGAGCUCGCUUCCCGCUGGAGAGCGCCCACGACCCGGACGUGGGAACCAACUCCCUCCGCGGUUACCGGCUGAGCCCGAACGAGCACUUUGUCCUCGAGGUGCAAAGCCGGAGCGAGCGCCGCCAAUCCGCCGAGUUAGUCCUGGACCGUCCCCUGGACCGGGAAACCGAGUCCGUUCACCGGCUGGUGCUGACCGCGGUGGAUGGAGGCUCGCCAAAAAAAUCCGGGAGCGUCCUCAUCACGGUCCGGGUGCUGGACGCGAACGACAACCCGCCGGUGUUUCCGCAGCCGGUGUACACCGUGAGAUUGGCGGAGAACGCUCCUGCCGGGACCCUGCUCCUCCGGCUGAACGCUACCGAUCCUGAUGAGGGCUCCAAUGGCCGAAUAGUCUACUCGUUCGGGCAGCACGCGGCGCAGACGGUCCGGGAGCUGUUCUCGCUGGAUCCGCAGACCGGUCAGCUCCGAGUGCGCGCUCCGUUAGACUAUGAGGACUGCCCGGUCCACGAGAUCUUUGUCCAAGCCAAAGACCUGGGAGCGAAUUCGGUAGCCGCCCAUUGCCACGUGCUGCUGGAGCUGCUGGAUGUUAACGAUAACCCACCGGAGAUCGCCCUCACCUCCGUGUCCAGCCCGGUGUCCGAGGACGCCUCCCCGGGAACGGUCAUCGCCCUGAUCAGCGUUACCGACCGGGACAGCGGAGCUAACGGCCGGGUCAGCUGCCGUCUGAGCGACACUGGGGCCGGUACCGGGAAGCUCCCGUUCAAGCUGCUGCCUUCUUUCCGCCGCUAUUACACUUUGGUCACCGAGCACCGACUCGACCGGGAGACCGUACCGGAAUAUAACGUGACGGUGGAGGCGAGAGACGGCGGAACCCCGCCGCUGUCCAGUAACCGGACCAUCACCGUCCGGGUCUCCGAUGUUAAUGACAAUCCGCCCCGGUUCAGCCGGUCCUCAUACACGGUGCGAAUCCCGGAGAAUAACGCCCCGGGCGCCUCGAUCUGUUCGGUCAGCGCCGAGGACCCCGACCUGAACCAGAACUCGUACGUGUCCUACUCGAUCGUGAACGAGCCGCUCCGCGGGAUGCCCAUCUCCACGUACGUGUCGGUAAACUCGGAUACCGGGAGGCUGUACGCUCUCCGCUCCUUUGACUACGAGCAGCUCCGGGGUUUCCGAGUGCAAAUUCAGGCGCAGGACGCCGGCUUUACGCCGCUCAGCAGCAACACCACCGUGCACGUCCUCAUCGUUGACCGGAACGAUAACGGCCCGGUAAUUGUGUCGCCGCUGGCCCGGGACGGCUCGGUGGCGGCGGAGACGGUGCCUCGCUCGGCCGGGCCGGGCUGGCUGGCGGUUAAGGUGACGGCGGUAGACGCGGACGAGGGGCCGAACGGCCACCUCUCGUACCGCCUGCUGCAGGCUACCGACCGGGAGCUAUUUCACCUGGAGAGGCAGACCGGAGAGAUCCGUCUGGCCCGCCGCUUCGGUGCUGAGGAUGCAUCCCAGCAAACUCUCAUCGUCCAGGCCAAAGACAACGGGCUACCCCCUCUCUCCGCCACCGUCACCAUCCUGUUAACGGCGGUGGACGCUCCGUUACCGGAUCCCCGGUCAGACUCUACCGGAGAGCCCGAGCUCAGCACCGACCUCACCCUCUACCUGAUCGUGUCCCUGGGCUCGGUCUCCUUCUUGUUCCUGGUCGCUAUCCUGAUACUGGCUUUGCUCCGGUGUCACCGGGACGCCGUGUCCGGUCGCGGGCUUUCCCCCGCCGCCGCUUGCUGCUUCCCCCGGAGGAGCCGUUCCGCCAAGCCCGAGGCGCGCCGCCAGCUGCCGGUGACCGGUGCCGAGGUGACCGCUGGCCACCUCCCUUCGCAGGUUUACCGUUACACCGAGCGCCGGAGCCCGGGAUCGGCCAGCAGCGACUUCAUGUUCCUGAGAGCCGGCGGCGGGCAGGCAGGCGGCGGGCCGAAUGGUCUGCUCUUUGGCGUGGGAGCUAAUGCGCCGAGUGAGGUUAAACAACAAAACACUGAGUACCAUAACCCGCCAUUGCAGAGACAUACAGGCAGCAGCUCAUGGGACCUGGAGGAGACGGGAGGCCGAUACGAUGGGGAGAUGGAAUCAGGCAAAGUGCGGUCAGCGGGCACAGCACCAACCGAAACCAAUGGGCUAGCCCAAUUGCCAGAAGCUGAUGUUCAUGGAUGGAUACCAAGGUAUGGACCUCAGUACCCUUACCCUGACCAGCCCCCUGGGUACAAGCUGAAUGUCUACAUACCUGGCAGUGCCCCACUGAAGCUGAGUAAACUGCAGUCCUUCACGGCCAGUGACAUGGACAAGAACAACACUUUCUCAACCUUUGGGAAAAAAACAAAACUGAUUUCAUCACUUGAUAUCAAGCCGGAUAGAACUUUGACUUAAAGGUCUCAACAUAGUGUCAUCUUUGUGUGAUUCCAAACUUUCAGUUCUGAAAACAAAAGUCAUUUUACUCAUUUUAACAACAGAUAAUUCAUGAAUAAUUGACAAUAGAAAAAGCAAUGAAGGAGUGAAGGUAUUUGUUUUUAACACAAGUUGUGAUCUGGAAUGGAUAUGGAUUCAGUGGUAAUGUUUAAAACAAGAUGGAACUCUAACUAGAAAGGGACAAUCAACAAGACUAUUGGGAAGGACCGUUGGAGAAGGGACAGGAAGGUGCGAUGAGCUCUAAAGUGUUCCCUUCUCUGCUGUAUGAUUCAAUGAUCUGUCAUUUGAAGAUUGUUUUUGGAGCAUGUUUCAGAUUAAAUCAGAUUGUGAUGUUUUGUCUUCUACUGUGUUUCGUCACAAGGAUAAUUUCUCAUAGCUUCUGAAUGUUGUGUGAAAAUGAAUGAUCUUCCACACACCACUGUUGCUGGUUCAUUUUUUUGAAUAAAGAAAGACAAU